AUGAUCCAGAUCGCAAGCAGUUCGUCGCCUGUUGGCUCCGAGGUGUUCUCCUUGUUUGCACUGUUACUUAUCUCACUGGCCGUCCUCCUGAUCUUACGGCACUAUCUCCCGCUCCGUACGACGCCAGCUUUUUAUCUCGUCCCGAUAUUCUUCGCCCUUUGGCUUCCCUCGAUCGUCAUCAUCCUCGUUCCCGUCGACCUCGCCUCGAGCGCAACCCCUGGUGAUGACGCUACACGUGGAAUAUGGCUUCCCGAAAGGGUCAUUCUGGUGUCUUGGAGAAUCACUUACUGGCUUACAUUUGCCUUGACUUGGUUCAUUCUCCCUGUCCUCGCCGAAUACUCCGAUGCAGGCUACCGCGAGCCAAAGGACAAACUUCUAUACUCACUUCGGGGCAAUGCGCAAUUCCAGAUCACGGCCCUAGGCUUCGGCUCCAUCGGUCUCAUUUACGUCUUCUAUUACUGCGGUUUCAACUUCACAGCAGUCAAAGCCCUCGUCAUGGCCUUGGCGUAUUGCUGGGGGUUGAUUCUAGCCAUCUACCUCAUGGGUCACGGCUUAGUCUCAAUUCCGAGGCGCUUGAUGCGAAGUGCGCGCAUUAGCGGGCGAUUGCGCCGACUCCAAAGCAAGGCACCCAAGGUCUACGAGCAGAUGGAGGAUUCUCUUAUGAAUCUGGAAGAUAUCGAAGCGCAGGUUGCCGAACUCGGCCGGCGCAAGGUGGGAAGCGCGAUGAACUUCCGAGACUGGAUCGAGGAGCUCCAAGAGAUGGCCAAUAUUCCAGAGGCCCAGCCACGAGCCGCUCGAUUCGGUGGCGGCGCCGAGACAGCCAUUCUCCCGCACGUCAUCACCGAAAAGUACCUUGCCGAUCUGACCCGAAAGCUCACCCGUGCGAAACACGCCAGAUCUCGAUACGUCAAUGCCUGGAGUCAACUUGUCGAGGAAGCUGCUGAGACGCAGACCAUUUUGGAUUCCGUCGCAUCGAAGAAGCUCGAGUUUGAUGAUGCUAGCUCUCCAGGGGGGUUCUGGAAGAAGACCACCAUCUUUACACCCUAUACCCGGUACCUAUACUAUUACCAUGUGCUGCCUUACGCGCAGAUUCUGUUGGGUAUAUUCCUGGCAGCGGCCUCGGCUUGCAUCGUCUGGUCUGAGGUUGUAAAGGUUGCGUUUCCCAAACUUUCUGUCAUCAGACUUAGUGUCGUCCACCACUGGGUUGGUGAUAGAGCCGAAGUUGGCUUUGCGGGCCAGGUAAUCUCCUCGUUCUGGAUCUGCUACAUGUGCGCAGCCGCCCUUGUUUCUAUGACCGAAGUCAAGGUUUGGCGUGGCCGAGCCCUUGUCAAGCGAAACACGGCCCACGAGUCGGCCUUCUGGUACGCCAUGCAGGUCGCCAAGCUCACCAUUCCGCUGUCGUAUAACUUUAUGACGUUCCUGUCGAAAGAUGUUUAUAAGAAGACCAUCUUCUACAAGUUCCUCGGCAAUCUCAUUGACAUGACGCCCCUGGGUCAAUAUUUUGAUGAUCUUUUCCCCGUCGUUGUCUGCUUCCCCGUCCUCGCUACCCUCUUCGGCAUUUACGGUAAAGUUAAGCGUCUCUUUGUGGGAAUGGACGUUAUCGACGACGAUGAAGAGAACACCUCGGGCUACGGUACUGGCUCAUGGCGCGAGGGACGAGACCUUAUUACCCGAGAACUCGGCGGUAGCACAAUUCUUCGCCGUCGCGAGGAGGCUAUCGCCAGACUAACCUCUGGGGGACGCUCGGCUCCGGUUCUAUCUAUUCCCUCUUCCUCAUCGCCUGCCCGAUCGCCUGCCCGCUUGCCCAAUAACACCCGUCGUGCGGCCCAUGGACCCUUGUGGGAUGAUGAACCUCCUCAGGACGACAACUUGUUCCAGAUUAUCGGCCACCGCAUGAAGAACACCAUGGACGGCAUCGAAACCCCCAAAUGGAUGCAAGACUUUGGUCAAGGAAUGAAGAAACCCAAGUGGAUGGGUGCAGACGACAACGCUGGGGGGCCGAGUACCAGUCCUGGAGGAACCGACUUUAGGAGAUGGUUUGGCGGCGGAUCCGGGGAGGGUCAGGUUCGCAUUUAA